AUGUCGGUGGAGAGAUUUACAAGCCAGGAUCUGGAAGACCCGUUUGUUUUGCCCACAUUCAAGGAGCGAGUGGACAGCUUCUACCAAAUGAUGGCGGUGAUGGUGCAGAAUAUAAAAGACAGUGAAAACAUUAAAAAGAUGGCAGAUUUUGACCCAAUGACAUAUGAUCAGUUUCAUGAUGCAGUUCAAUAUCUCUUCAAUGACGAAUUGAAAAGUGAAUCUGUAAAAGGUGUUUUUAAGAAGAUUAGUAGCCAUUUGGAUGCACUUGUUGACUGGACUGAACUUUUUGGGUAUUUUCCAUCUGAAGGACAGGAUAUCAUGAAAGAAAUACCAGUAUUUUUGCUUCCAAGGCGACAAUGUGUUGAAUUGAGAGAAGAAGAAAGAAGAAAACAUGAUUAUAUUCAAUGCAUUGUUAAUGUGCCCCAGCUUGAUCAACUAAUUGCAGCUACUCAAAAAGGAAUGACUUUGCUUUAUAACAACCAAGAUACUUCCCCAGUGUCUGGCUGUGAUUACCUCAGCCAGCUAAAACGAAUUGUAACAGUCACUGAAAAGAGUAUUAUUGUCUGGGAUCAUAAACCAAAGAGUAAAAAUCAGACUAACUUCGUUACCAUUAAACCCAUGCAAAAUAUUAUGCUUUGCAUCUGUGCGGUGAUCCAGCCUGAGAACACAGGUGAAGAUUACAUGUUGAUUGGUGAUGAUGCUGGUUUUGUGAACCUAUUAAUUCUGGGAAAUGAAGAUCUCCAGAAAUCCAAGGAGAGUAACGCCCUCCAAUCCCAGGUCUUGGAACCAAGACUUCUCCGUCGUCCUAUUUUACGACGGAAACUGCAUCAUGAGUGGGUAUUGAGAGUGAAAUAUUUUCCACAUUUGAGCUCUUUUGUGAGCUGCUCUUCGGACAGUGUAAACUCGGUGGUGCUGGAUGACAUACGCAAGCUGGGAGAUUGUCAGCCUAUUAGAACGCUGUCCGUUCCACGAGGUGUUAAUGCAUUUGAUUAUUGUGUGAAAGCAAAUACGCUUGUUACUGGAGGAGAAGACAAGAUUGUUCGACUUUGGAAUCCUAAUAUGUUCUCGAAGCCAAAGGCAUUGUUGAUUGGCCACAACUGUAUCAUUACUGAGGUUGCAAUUAACGAAGUAGAUCAACACAUCAUUAGCCUCUCAACUGAAGGAAUGUUCAGAGUCUGGGAUGUUCAGACAAUUGCUAUCCUGCAGGUCUUCAUCUUGGGUGAACAUCAAGUAGAUCGGCACUUCAACACAAUGGUGUUUGACAAUAAAAAUAAGAGAUUAAUUGCUGGAUCCACUUCAAUCGAACUUGUGCCUCUUACAUCAGCUGUGCAGGACAUUCUGGAGAUACCCCGUUCCCAUGAACGAUCCAUCAAUGUUCUUGUCUUCAACAAAAUUAGUGGCAAGGUUGUCUCCAUUUGUAGUAAAUCUGUAAUUAAGGUAUUUGCUCAAGCUUUCAGUAACAACAGGAAUGCACAUUUGGAUUUUCUGCAGGUCUGGAAACUGCUAGGCGGGAAACAGUUCUAUCAAAUUGCACAUCCUCACGGUCGUGCCAUAGAGGUGACAGCAGCAGCGGUGGAUGAACAUGGAAUCCAUCUGAUCACAGGGGCAAUUGACGGUGAAUCACUCUUAGAUCAUUUAGAUUUGCAGGAUCCGACUGCUGCUAGUUCUGGGCACAGUGCUGAAUGGGAGGAACGGGCACUCAAGCUACUAAAGGCGGGGAAGCUGGAAGAUGGGACACUUGCUAGCAGCCACUUGUGCGCAGGAUACUCAUGGAGAUUUUUUGCUGCUGGAUACAGAAUAGGCUUGAUGUCAGACACUGAGUUCAAGCACAAAGAGAGCAAUAGAUUUCAGAAUAUUAUUGAAAAUGUGGAUAAAACAAAAGUACAGGAAAUUGAAACUGAAAUAAAGGAUGGACCAGAUGAAUCUUCUUUCACAAUUCUUGGAACAUUUCCAGACAUAUUCAGUAAAAUAUACAGCAGUAGUUUGUUCCCAUUGAAACAAUUUCAAAGCACCAGUGGACCGUCUGAUACUGUGAAGCAGGGUCAUCUGGAUACUAAGGGAAUAUGUGGCAUUGAUAUAUUCGUCUAUAAUGCUGAAACCUUGUUAGCAAUGGGAUGGUAUAACUUGAUCAUAAUAUGGAAUUUUGAUACAGCACACAUUUUGCAAAUAUUUAAUGAAGAUCGACUUUUGGAAGCCACAGAUGGAGGUGAACAGAAUAAUGCAACUCCAGAUAUGGAGUCAUCCAGGGUUCAAGUUGUCAAAUUUAUUGGCCUUAAAAGUAAAAUGAUUGAACUGCAGGCUGCUGAGAUGUUUGCUGAUAAUCAUUCACAGGAUUCAAUUAAAAGUAACUUCUCAAAAGCUAGCUCAUUGCUUAAGUAUGCUGAGAGCUUUUCAGGUUUUGAAUAUGGUCAAACAGGGGGCAACCCACCGACGCCUGUUUUUGAUGAUGAACCUGCAUUGACAAAAUCGACUGAACUAGAGCCUAGCCCCAUUCUGCUAACUGCUCAUCAGGAUGGUUCAAUUCAGUUUUGGAGUGUUGAGGGUGUACAACUGGAUAAAAUUUUGCCCACCAUUCAAUUUUGCAGUCCGAUCACAACAAUCUCAGUUGGUAAAAGGGUUCCUUGUCUCUUAGCUGGAAAUCAGAGAGGAUACAUAAUAAUUUGGGAUAUUGAAGCAUUGAUCAGUGAUCCAUAUGCAGCAAAUAAGGAGCCUGUAAAUCGUAUAAUUAGCUGGAGAGCUCACACUCUGCAAAUAAUCAGCAUCUUCUUGGUGGAGGAAGCCUUUGUUGUUAUUUCUGCAUCUGUGGAUUGUUCUGUCAGGGUUUGGUAUGCAUUAAAUGGCCAUUACAUUGGAUAUUUUGGACAGCAAAGUGAGCUGCUUUUAAUGAAUCCCAGUGAGUGUGUUUUACCCAGUGACAUAACUGAGGGACCUGUGGAGGGUAAGUCAAAGCAAUCCAACAAGGCGGACCAUUUGGACUACCCUUUGAUGUUGGACUGGGAAAGAUGGAAACCAUUUGAUCGGGAAGGUUACUUAAUGAAGAUGGAGCAACAACGGAAAGUUCUUGAUGUUGAUCAAGACAAAAAAUUAUUUAACUCAUUGACUAUUCCAAGGCUAAAAUGUAAACCAGUGGAAAAUUCUGUAUCUGGCAAAAGAGCAAUGGGGGCAGUAUUCCGGGCUCUUCCUGUGUACAAAAUUGAUCCUUUAUUCCGAAUGGACACAUUUAAGGACGUAUCAUUUUCUGAGGGAGGUGGUCAUGACUCCUUCCAUAACCUUUUUACAGGAAAAAAGAAAAUCAUUAUUCCAAGCAGUAGAAAAACUCCUCGCAUCUAA